AUAAAAUUUUUCUUAUUGAUGAAAGUGAUCUUGAAGAUGCAAAUAUAAAACCAACAAAAAAUAUUUAUUUAUUACAUGAAGAAUUUUUUAACAUAACACAUCUGGCUUGUCGAUAUCCAAAAUUAAAUAUUGAUAAUCAAGAUAUAUUGAAAUAUUUACAACCUGUUACAAAAUCUAAACCAGAUUGUGAAAAAGCAACAAAUUGGGUUUAUAUUGAUAAUGGUACUUUUCGAUUAUCAAAACAAGCUUUACAAAAACAUGGAGCUAUUGUUUGUGCUUAUCGUCCUAUUCUUCGAUCAAAAGAUGAUUUUUCAACAAUGGAAGGCGCUCGAUUAUUUCCUGUUGUAGAUAAAAUGCCUCUUGUAUCAGAUUUUUUUCGUGCUGAUUGUCGAGCACGUGAUGGAAGUUUUUAUUCAAAUAUACAUUCCGGUAUUAUGUUUGAUCCUGGCUUACAUAUGAGACAUAUAUGGAAUCCAAUGGUUAAAACUCAUUUAGGAUAUAAUAUAUUAAUGUUUGGUUUUGAUUCUGUUUCUCGAAUGACUUUUAUGCGUUUUUUACCAAAGAGUUAUAAUUAUUUAAUUAAAGAAUUAGGAAGUAUUGUAAUGAAAGGUUAUAAUAUUGUUGGUGAUGGUACACCAGCAGCACUUUUACCUAUUUUAACUGGAAAAACAGAAAGAGAAUUACCUGAAGCAAGACGUGGUCAUAUUGGUGCAGAAACAGUUGAUCGAUUUCCUUGGAUAUGGAAAAAAUUUAAAAAUAAUGGUUAUAUUACUCAAUGGGCUGAAGAUUUACAAUCUGUUGGUACAUUUCAAAUGCGUUUAAAAGGUUUUCUUGAUCAACCUGUUGAUCAUUAUGGUCGUCCAUUUUAUCUUAUUGCUGAAUCUAUGCGUACAUCUAAACCAUAUUGUUUUGGUUCUAUAACACGUCUAAAAUCAAUGCUCAAUUGGGCACGUGAUCUAUUUCAUAUGUAUCCAAGUCAACCCAAAUUUUCUUUUAUUUUUCAUUCACAAUAUUCUCAUGAUUCAAAUAAUCGUUUACCAUAUGGUGAUGAUGAAUUACUUGAAUUUUUAAUAUUUAUGAAUGAAUAUGGUUAUUUUGAUAAUACAAUAUUUAUUUUAAUGACUGAUCAUGGUGCUCGUUUUUCAACAUUAAGAAAAACAUAUCAAGGUAAAUUAGAAGAACGUUUACCAUUUAUAUCUAUUCGUAUGCCAUUAAAAUUUCAAGAAAAAUAUCCUCAUAUUAUGCAUAAUUUACGUUUAAAUUCUCAUCGUUUAACAACACCAUUUGAUUUACAUGAAACAUUUCAACAUUUAUUUGAAUUUCACUCUAAUGAUCCAUAUGAAUCAAAAUCAAAUCGUGCCUAUAGUCUUUUUGAAUUAAUACCAGAAAAUCGAACUUGUUUACAAGCUCAUAUAGAACAACAUUGGUGUGCAUGUCUUCAUUGGGAUGAUAUAUCAAUUAAUGAACCAAUUAUUCUAAAAUUUGCAGAACAAGCUAUAGAUUAUUUAAAUAAUUUAAUAUUAGAAUAUAAAAAUCAAUGUUCAAAAUUAAUUUUAUAUCAAAUAAAUAAAGCAAAUCAAUUAAAAGCUAAUGAACGUUUAUUAAAAUUUAUUGGUUCAAGUGAUAAAGAUGGUCGUAUUCCAAAUUUUCGUAAUAAUACAUUGAAAAAAUUAACAAAAAAUUUAUCAUUAAAUCAAACAAAAUAUUAUCAAAUUCAAUUUGAAACUAUACCUGGACAUAGUCAAUUUGAAUUAACAGCUGAAUAUAAUCCAUUGAAUGAUACAUUUUUGAUAACAAAAAGACAUUUAAGUCGAUUGAAUAAGUAUGGACAUUCAUCAGCUUGCAUAGCAUAUCAAAGACCUGAUCUUCGAGAAAUUUGUUAUUGUUCGAAAUCGUUAAAUCGUACUCAAAAAUUCAAUCAUUCUCAUGUAAAUGUUGUUAAGAAUGAUAAGAAAAAAUCAAUAAAAACUGAAACGACUGUUGCAACUAGUAACAGUCUUCAUCGUUAA